GCGAGUGGUUCAGGUCGGGUGCCGCGCGGAGAGUGCGGGGCGGGAAAGAGCAGUGGAGCGGCUCCCACCGGCGCUGGGUUCCGUCGGCCGGCCGCAGCCCCGCGAGUGGCCCUCCCGUACCUCGCCCGCCGGCGCCCUGGCCGUGGGCACUUGCGGAGCGCCGGGCGCGGGGCCGCUGGGCAGCGGCGGCGGCGGCAUGAAGGUCACGUCGCUCGACGGACGCCAGCUGCGCAAGAUGCUCCGCAAGGAGGCGGCGGCGCGCUGCGUGGUGCUCGACUGCCGGCCCUACCUGGCGUUCGCCGCCUCGAGCGUGCGCGGCUCCUUCAACGUCAACCUCAACUCGGUGGUGCUGCGGCGGGCCCGGGGCGGCGCGGUGUCGGCGCGCUACGUGCUGCCCGACGAGGCGGCGCGCGCGCGGCUGCUGCAGGAGGGCGGCGGCGGCGUGGCGGCCGUGGUGGUGCUGGACCAGGGCAGCCGCCACUGGCAGAAGCUUCGCGAGGAGAGCGCCGCGCGCGUGGUGCUCACCUCGCUGCUGGCCUGCCUGCCGGCCGGCCCGCGAGUCUACUUCCUCAAAGGAGGAUAUGAGACCUUCUACUCAGAAUACCCUGAGUGUUGCGUGGAUGUGAAACCUAUCUCACAAGAGAAAAUCGAGAGUGAAAGAGCCCUCAUCGGCCAGUGUGGAAAGCCAGUACUCAGCCUCAGCUACCGGCCAGCUUAUGACCAGGGUGGCCCUGUUGAAAUCCUUCCCUUCCUCUAUCUUGGAAGUGCCUACCAUGCAUCCAAGUGCGAGUUCCUCGCCAACCUGCAUAUCACAGCCCUGCUGAAUGUCUCCCGUCGGACCUCCGAGGCCUGCACAACCCACCUACACUACAAAUGGAUCCCUGUGGAGGACAACCACACGGCUGACAUUAGCUCUCACUUUCAAGAAGCAAUAGACUUCAUUGACUGUGUCAGGGAAAAAGGAGGCAAAGUCCUGGUCCACUGUGAGGCUGGCGUCUCGCGGUCCCCCACCAUCUGCAUGGCUUACCUCAUGAAGACCAAGCAGUUCCGCCUGAAGGAAGCCUUUGACUACAUGAAGCAGAGGAGGAGUGUGAUCUCCCCCAACUUCGGCUUCAUGGGCCAGCUCCUGCAGUACGAAUCUGAAAUCCUGCCUUCCACGCCCAACCCCCAGCCUCCCUCCUGCCAGGGGGAGGCCGCAGGCUCCUCGUGUAGAGACCACUUGCAGACACUGGGCCCUGACGUGCAGGGCACCUACUGCACAUUCCCUACCUCAGUGCUGACGCCUCUGCCCCCCCACUCGGCAGUCACAGAGCUCCACAGGAGCCCAGCAGCCACGUCCUGCUGAGACUGGGGAAGGAGGGACGCGUGCCAGCCCGGCCCCAAGAGCAACUGUGAUUUUAGUUUUUUAAAACUUGUGGACAUUUCAUACCUGUGCAAUACUGAAGACCUCUCGAUCCCACCAGCCCAGCAAGCUAGUGAGGGGUCACCAGGCUUGCACACAAACUUAACACCGACCUCGAGGAUGGGUUCUCGGGACUGAAGGAAGGCCAAGCCAUUAGGAGAGCACAGUGUGUGCUGACUACUGUACUUCCAGACCCCUGCUCUCAGGACCACCCAGUCCUCACACUUCAGAGUUGGCCUUUUCAUUUCAAGCAUAAGGCAAUAAGUCCCUGCAGCCGGGGGAACUAGAAGCUGCUGGGCCAGGAGAAAAGGCAGUCGGGAAGCCGAUCCGUUUUGUAGAAAGCACAAUUUCCACCUUUAAGGAAAAAAAAAAAACUUUGCCAGUCUCAGUGUCCAUGUAUGUCACUUCAGGGCAUAAGCUGGCCACCAUUUAGUCAGAAAGGUCACCCUGCUGGGUUUCCAGGCAUGAGAUGGGCCAGCUGGUCUGAGCCCUGAAGUGGCUUUGGAGAUUCCCUUGUGGCUCUGAUGGAGCCAGCGGGUAGAAGGAACUAGCCAUUGACUCUUCUAGGUUUCUUUUCUGCUGUGGGUUCCUCCCUGACCUUGGACUUUGGCAUGACUUAUUCAUACUUGAACCUGUCUCGUCUCCCUCCCCAAAGCAGCUCGUGGUAUCAUUCAAAAAAUUUCAAACCAUAAGCCAAGAAAAUGAUCCUUUUGAGAUGGUGGCCAUGAGUGCUGCAGAAGAGGACUCCUGCUGUGUCCUAAGUCUGUGGCUCUGAAGGCCGUGGCUCCUCAGCUUGCCGUCCUGUGUGCUUGUCUUUGUCCUGUGACACCGUUUCCCUCCCGGCCCCUGGGGUUGUCAUCACGCUACUGACUCACGGGAUUUACAGAUGUUGCAACGUGGUACUGCUGAUUUUCUGUCUGUAGGUUAUUUCUCCAGGGGAAAAGGCAAUAAUUUCCAAAAACCCAUGUGAAUGUGAAGGAAAGCAGUAUGUUACUGGUUGUUGUUUUUUUUUAUAAUGUAAAAUAAAAAUAGCAAAAG